AUGGCGCCCCACGCGAAUUUCUGGCACAGUGAGCCAGAAACACUACCUACACCCAAGGAACCCCCUCCUUUUGCUGGCCGCAUCGGUGCGAACCAACAGUUCUCUCUGGAGAAAAACAACUGUACAGAUACGGCGAUAUUGGAAAAAUACCCGGAUGCGGCCCCGUGGGUACCAUGGAGAAACUCUUUAUCACCAAAACAAUUCCUUGAGCUAGGGUUGUGGAAAGCAGCGGCCAUUGAAGGCGUAGGGACCUGCUUGCUCGUGUAUCUAACUAUCCUCUUCCCCAUCGGGCUGGCGCAAAAUAUGAAUAACCUUGCGACCGGCCCCGUGGUGCCCACCUUAAUCGGCAGCCUGGUAGUGAUGUUCAUGCUCCCUUUAUUCAUCUAUGCUGUCGGUCCGGUUUCUGGAGCCCAUCUCAACCCCAUGAUCAGUUUUGCUGCAUUCUUCGGUCGCUUGAUGACGUUCCCGAGAUGCGUUCUAUACGUUGCAUUCCAGAUAUUCGGUGCGGCUAUCGCCGGUUGGCUGGUACGAGCGAGCCUUGAUACGAGAUCUUUCAUGGUUCCAGGCUGUUAUAUGGACGUCAACCAGGUCUCAGCCGGUAGCGCGUUCGUGAUUGAAUUUGUAACGGACGUGGCACUAAUCUUCCUCGCAUUUGGCAUUGGCCUUGAUCCGCGGCAGCGUGUAGUAUUCGGACCGACAUUAGGGCCCAUUUUCGUCGGAAUUGUGCUAGGAGUGUGUAUCUUUUCGACUGGGAUCAUUCGUCCAGGCUAUACCGGGUUUUCAGGACAUCCAGCCCGAUGCUUCGGAGCGAUGGUCGGGUCGCAUUUUGCGUCCUAUCAUUGGAUACAGUGGAUAGCGCCACUAUGCGCGUCUAUCGCCCACGGGUUAUUGUACUAUUUCAUACCGCCAUAUGAGCGGAAGUAG